AUGGACGUACCGAGUGCUUACUUGGAACAAACCCAACCAGCUGGCGACUAUCACACCCUGAACGGGCAAGAACCAUCCGAAACAAGAACAACGGCGACGACAAGAACGACAGCGACGCCACCCAGAACAGCUACACUGUCAGCCACAGCGUCGACAUCGACACUCUCACACGAACAGCUCGAGGCGCUAGGGAGCACUCCUAUUUUCGCUGACGCAGAGCACGCUCUUGCACAUGCCAGGCAGGAGCUACAGCAGCAGCGGCAGGCACAAUUCGGAGCUGCAUUGCCAUCUUCGUUCCCUAUUCCUUCCGCCGCUCACCACUCUGUGUCUGGCUUCUCCAAGCGUUCCUUUGACGAGACGACAGUCAUCGAUUCCCGCAUUCAAGGGCAAGAAGAAGAAGGCUUCGGCAAUGCCAUGUUCGAUCAAGACGAGCUGGACAGCGAGCCAUCGAGUCAUUCGGGAUGGCCCUCAUCGCGAAACGCGCACCUGCACUCUAGCAAUCCUCAAGGCAUGGAUACACGGUUGCCAAGUCGAUCGACUUUGUUAAAGACAUCUCCUGGUUAUUCUCAUUACAACCCAGCCUCCUCCAGUACCCCGAAACGAAUCAUGCUGAGUAGCGACAUGAACACGACUCCAGCUGCCUCGAUGAGCGACUCGUACUCGCUUGGAACAGGCUGGAUUGAUCAAGAUGUACUAACGGGAGGGAUUUCAGCGGCAGCUGCACCCGUACAGACAGAUCCGACCACUACCACCUCCUCUCCAAACAGCAUGCAGCCAUCAUCAUCAUCAUCAUCAGCUGCGGCCGCAGCAGGGUCUGCUGCAAUGAUGAUUCCGCAGAGUUCCGCUGUCGACUGGUAUCGCCAGCGCCCAACUCGUUCGCGUCACGAUUCGCUCUCGUCGGUGAUGGCCAUGCCAUCCUCAUCCGUGCAUGGCGACCACGACGAGCUGGAAAUGAUGUCCUUCUCUGGCUUCUCCUCCGUGUCACAGUCGAACGCCCCUUCGCCAACGCCAGAGUGGCAAUCCACACCUUCUCUUUCACAGCACACGUCCCAAAGCCAAAGCCAGUUCAACCCGCUGACUCGGCGCCAAUCAAGCGAUGCCUCCAUCCACGGCGCACAGCAGCAGCAGCAGCAGCAGCAGCAGCAGCAGCAGCAGCAGCAGCAUUUACAUCUCCCAUUGCCCCUUUCCGCACAACACUCGGCUGGCGACUCCCACGCUUCCGCAUCCUCGUUGCAGAUUCCCAGCUGGAAUGGUCGCAACCGAAGCCAGGUGCACUCGCCAUCAUCUCAUCCCGCCGGAUUUGUCUUUGCAUCCUCUUCUGCUGUCAGCUCAGCGCAUAGUUCGCCAGUCCUCACUCCGACUGCGUCCAACGCCAGCAAUAAUGGCAUGCCUUCCUUCCAGCUGACCAGCAGCUCUCAUAGCACGUCGGGUACGACUUGGUCCUCGUCGGCAUUCACGUCUCUACGCUCCUCGCUCGCUGCUUCGCCGGUGAUUGGUGGCAACAACAACACUAUUUUGCAGCAAGCGCAGACUGGGAUGGCACCACCUGCGCCUCAUGCCUUCCAGCCUCCACAACCACCCAAAUCCUCACGCUCUCGACGCUCCUCUUUUCACCUCGAGCCGUUCUCUCACGCAGGGGAACAGGGUCCACCGCUACCAACACCUCAUCCACACCAAGGUCAACCUCAGCGACCUGUCCAUCCGGCAUCCUCGAACGCCUCCAUCGACACAAUGCUCAACAAUGUGCUGACCGACAGCGGCAUGCAGUCCCGCGCUGCCACAGCGUCGUCCUCUGGCGCGGCUUCGCAUCCGCGAUUCUUUGUGAAUGUCGUGGAAGUCGACGAGUCUACCAUGACUGGAACUCAAGAGGACGCCACUCAAUUCACCAUCACACCGAGCACCUUCACAGAGCGA